AUGCACCACCACCCACGGAAUCGAGAAAGAGCUAUCAAUCUGUCAAUCCUGUCCGUGUCCGGGCCGGACUUUGGUUUCCCGGAAGCUGCCCGGCGGGUCAUGGGAAUAACGCCGCCGCAUCGCCAGUCGGCAUCGUUUAUGGUCGGAACUACGACGGAUCAACCAGGUAGGAGCGCGGAACGAGCCGGCGAGAGAGAAGGGGGGGGCGGCGGUCGGGAACCGCCCCCUCCUCCGGCGUCGGCGAGUCGGGAACGCCGAACGAGCGGCGUGCCGGGGGAGAGCGGAGACGGGAAGGGUCGGACCGCGGACGCCCGCGCUCCACGGGCGACCCGACCCCCCUUUCCUCAGCGGGGCCGCGGGGACGAGGCGGGAGGGGGAAGACACGAGGGGGGCCACCCGGGAAGGCCACAUCCCCCACAGGCACCUCACCCGUCCGCUCGCGAGACGGGCCCAAACACCGCGGGCGACCCGAACGAUCACCGAGACGCGGACACCCCAAGUCACCCCCCCGCUCCCGAGAGGAGGCGGGGGGAGAGGCGGGCCCCCCAACGAGGGGCCGACCGCCGGCGGGACGGCGGGCACGGGGCGAGAGGCCGCAGCGGGCCCUCGGCCGCGAUACGCACGCGGGGGACGCGGCCCCCCCUUCCAGCGGGGUCGGAGGCCGAGCGCCGGGAAGCACACAGACAGGUCCAGAGGACGCGGCCGCAGAGCCGGCGGGAGGCAGGAGGAGAGCACGGCGAAAGGCGCAGCGACGGGACACGGGACGCCCGGCAUCCGGCGGCCAGCGGGCCCGGGAAGGGAGACGCCCCUCGGAGCCGACACGACCGGACGUCGCCUGGGACACGCGCGGGUAUCUCACCAACGAGCGCCCCCUUGGCGCAACGAUGGUCCCACGCGACCCCGGGGACGGAGCCGGCCGAGCAGAAACCCCUCAGCGACGCCACCACAACCGUCAGGCUGACGCCUCCACACGGAGCCGAGGGUCCGCACCACACGCCGCCACGGUCGCAGACGGCCACGUGCCCCCUCCAAACGUCUCUCCCGCCCGCCAGACAGACCCGAGCUGCCCCCACGGUGACAAAACCACGACCGCGCACGCCAGCGAGACCCAGGAGACACUCCGGAUCGGCGGCACGGCCGGUACAGUCGACCGACAAGGGGGAGGGGGUCCGGUGUCAGGCGGGGAGGGGGACGACACGGCGAGCCGGGGGCCGGGCGACACAGAGAGCGAAGGGAAACAACCCUGGCAAGGCCACCUCCACAGCCAACCACACAGCCGGGCCGGCAGGUAAACCGGUGGGAUCACACCGCCCACAACACCGAGGGGCGGUCCCACCACGCCUGCGACGCCGAGCCGGCCCCCCCUUAAGGGGGAGGCCAAAGACCGUGGAGAGACCCAACCGGAGAAGAGACCCCACACCACACCAUGACGCCGACACCCGCGCGACAGCCGCCAACCGUCCAGCGACCCGCCGGGACAUCGCAGCCACCCCUCAGAGGCCAUCCGUGGAAUCCCGACGACCCGGGUUCCGCUCCGGGAAGGGGAAAGCCAGCAUCCCCUGUGGACCGCAGGCCGGGACGAGGCGGCCCAGCACCACACGCGCCCACGCGCACAAGCACCGACAGCCCCACGGCACGGGGAGCACGGGAGGCGAGCGGGGAGGCGCAUCGGACGGACGCAUCGACUCGGCCCAGCGUGAUCCUCCCCGAACUCAUGAGCAGGGAGACGAGGGCCGCGGCAGGCAGAGUCAGCGCACAGUCCCCACCGCGGGGACCGGCGGAACCCCUCACCACGCCCCGGGAUGGCUGGUGAGGGCAAAACCCAGGCCUACACACGUCGACAUUCAAGGAGAGACGGGCGGCUACUACGCGCAGACAAAGGGGGGCGGCCGGCGAGGGAUUCGGGGACCCCCGCAACCAAGGCACAACCCCGGCGCAGGAAGACCUAACACGGGGGCUCACCACAACAGCGCCAUCGCAGCGGGAGGGUGGAGGAGAGGCUCGGGAGCAGGAACGACACCACCACUCAGCCUCAGGCACCUCGAGGGCCAACCUGGAGCGCUCCAGGAGCACCACAAAGGGCCAAGGCAAAGGCGCAGCACACACCGCUCGGGAGGGCAUGUGGCGCGGCACCGGGGACAGCCCCUUCCGGUACGGAGAGGGACAGCCAACCGCACACGGGGGCGGAGACGAAACGGCAAGCGAGAUCAGGGGCCUGCCGCACGCAACCGCGGACCACCAGCCACAGUCACAGGGCGGGAGGUCAAGCAAAGUCGGGCCGGAUACCGCACCCCUGCCUUCCACACACCACCAACGGGUGGGGAGGAGAAGCGAGGGGCCCGCAGGCAGAACGAGAAGAGCGGUCCCAUUCGCCAUGAAUGUCCGUCCCUCGCCUGGCGCGGCUUAGGCCCGGCCCGUAGUGAGCACCACAGAACCACAUCGAUCAACCAGACAUCUGGCAGAACCACAAGCGGGAAAGGCACCAGAGGGGACCCCUUCGGGAGUGAGGAACCCAAAGACAUCGGAAGGAACGAGCCAGGCGGGCAAAGCCAUCGGGAGAGGCCCCGCUUGGACACCGACAUGAGAGGCUCACGAGAAAACACAACCAGAGUAACUCGGGAAGACUCUGGGAGGUGGGUCAACCGAGGGCUCCGGUUCAAGAGGCCCCAGAAAAAGAACCUCCCUGAAGGAAAAAAAAAAGGAAAAAAGUUCCACCACCCAACCGGAGCACUCGGGAGGCUACAGCCGGCGGCGGCCACAGAGAGCGGGAACCAAGACCCGGAAGAAAAAGACCCACGGUGA